AUGCCGAUGUUCACCGUGAACACCAACGUUCCCCGCGCCUCAGUGCCAGAGGGGCUUCUCUCCGAGCUCACCCAGCAGCUGGCGCAGGCCACCGGCAAGCCGGCACAGUACAUCGCAGUGCACGUGGUCCCGGACCAGCUAAUGACUUUUAGCGGCUGUAGCGACCCCUGCGCCCUAUGCAGUCUGCACAGCAUCUGCAAGAUCGGCGGCGCGCAGAACCUCCCCUACAGCAAGUUGCUGUGCGGCCUGCUGGCUGAUCGCCUGCAUAUCAGCCCUGACCGGAUCCACAUCAACUAUUACGACAUGAGCGCAGCCAACGUGGGCUGGAACGGUUCCACCUUCGCCUGA